CAUGCACAAUCAGCAUCAAAGCAGCAUAUAUGACGUUUGUGUAACUUUAGACGUUAAGUUUUUUGAGACAGACCAACUCCAGUUUCAGUUAUCUAGAAAAAGCAGAUAGGCUACUCCUGCAGUACCCGGAGAUGGAGGACUUCUGAAUUAAUCAACUUUUACUGACGUAGAGGUAUCGCCGAGUGGGAGGAAUGUUUUAAGAACUGUAAUAGCGAGACGUUCCAGCCCUUAAUUGAGCGCUGACUACCGAUAUUGCUUAACAAAUGUCAAAAUGCCUUUAGUGAAAUUCGUUUGUGCUAUAAUUACGAGAUCGUUAUUCAUUCUCGUUUCCCUAAUCGGCGUAUGGAGAGUGACCUGGGUGAAAAAUGACAACGUGUACUGGUUACUUACUAUCCUCUAUAUUCCACUGAUCAUUGAAAUGAUAAUUACAUUGAAGAGAAGAAAAGGAAAAGAUUAUAAGUGGUUCUCUCCUGCUAUCUUACUCUUCCUCAUCAGCAUUAUCCCGUCCAUUUGGAUUCUGGAGUUACAUCAUCAAGCGAACAAGUCCAGUGAUCUACAGUGUAGAAAUCUGGACUCCUGGGACAGUGUUAAAAGCAUGGUCUCAUCAUUCAAUGGUACUUUAGGGAACCAAACAUUACAGGGUCUGCAGAAGAUGCUCACCUCUGUUUGUUCAAACAACUGGAUUCUGGCCCUCCAUCAGGUACUUCUCAUCCUCCUGAUCCUUGGCAAGUGGCUUCUCCCUCUGGGAGGUGGUGUUACACGUGACGAACUGUCACAGUUGCUGCUUAUCUUUGUUGGCACGGCUGCAGACAUUCUGGAAUUCACCAGUGAGACGCUGUCUGAUGUUAAGGACAACAGUCCACAGCUGGUAUACAUAAUACUGGCAGUCUGGACAUGGAGUAUGUUACAGUUUCCUCUACACCUGGCAGUGGUUACCUCAAGACCUGUGGAGUCCAUUGAGCUGGGUGGGUCCUGCAACCAAGAUAACACACUUCUGUCAAGACACAGCACAGACAUCUGGAACAUAGUGGAGAGCCUCUUUAUCCAGGAUGGGCCGUUCCUUGUCGUGCGUCUCACUGUGAUGACGUACUUUGAGGUGUUCCAUCAAAUGCUGGUGUUCUUUGCCAUCAAGAAUUUCAUGGUGGUUGUUCUAAACCUGUACCGAUUAUUUGUCAUCUGCCAAGAUUAUAGACCUCCUGCUUCCUCCUCGACUCCUUCUUCGUGAAAGGAGGGGUAUGAAAAGAAUGAGAAAUGAGAUAUGAUAACCCCCUGGCAUCUGCCAGGUAUUCUUUCAUUUGCAAUGACCCACCAGCAAUCCAUUCCUGAAAAUCCACAAAGAAGGGUGUGGUGGCAGAAUAGCUUUUCUGGUCCUUCUGCUGCUCUCAAUCUCUCAUGUAACAAUAUUUAAAAAAAAAAAACUGUGAGGUUGCUGAAAACGUCAUUGCUUCAGUGAAUAACCACUGAACAAGUCACAGUGGGUUUGCCUCAUGCAGCACCUUCUCCAUGUUAUUAAUGAGUGAAAGGUGUUGAUGUUGCUUUUUCAUUCAAUCAAAGGUGGAGACAGAAGUGGCACAGUCAGAGUUUGAACGAAUCAAGCUACCUUUCUCUCUUACUUCCUUUCUUUCUGUCCCUCUCCAAAAACUGAAGAAUUUCUGUCAUCGUUUUGUCAGAAUGGACCUGGACCUAUUCGUCAAGAAUUUACCAAAAUUAUGGAAAUAAUUCAGUUUAAUCCAAUAAAACGGAAAACCAAAAUAAAUAAAUUUUUUAGUCCAAUACAAGAAACCAAAAGCAAAAUAAAACUUGGCUUAUUUUUUUUUUUUGCUUCAGAGUCCUUGAGAAUGACUUCUUUGCAACUUGUUUGUAUUUCAUCACAUAAAAUAACCAAUUAUCUUUCAGUGUCUUCAAAUCCAAUGUUUACUAACACUUUAUGACCUAAUACUUAUGCUUAUCCUUCAGAAUGAUAACUCAUCAUCUUAAUACGUUCUCCAUAAAUCUCCAUAAUCAUUGACCAACUGGGUUAUCAACAACUGUAAGGGCUAACUACGUGAUGUCUAACAGUUUACUUGUUUGUAGAGGCUAACAACUUGUCUAAAUUUUAUGAAGACGCUCUGUAAUGCUCAUAUGGCAUUCUGUAUGGGAAGUGUUACCUGGUGUUGUCUUUUUUAAUGAAUACUCUAAACAACUGAUUGAAAAAUUUUAAACACUUUGUCUUCAUUACAAAG